GCGGGGACGAGGCCGGAGCGCUUAUCCUCGACCAACGUGGAGUCCCAGGUACGCGAUCUCGGCCCGAAGAAGGUGAAGGUGGGGUGCUUGAAGCCAGAAGAAGGCGAGCUUCAAGAGGAGGCGACAACAGGCUCGAAGGACUUACUCUCAGAAUACGUUCUCGGCGCGUGGUCUCAACCUGAAGAAGACGGAGGCGGCGACAAGGCCGGAUCGCCUAUCCUCAACUGUCAUGGGUUCCCAGGUUCGUGGUCUGGAGAGAACAGAAGCCGAGACCAGGCCGGAGUGCCUAUCCUCAAGCAAUAUGGGGUCCCAGGUGCGCGGUCUCAACUUGAAGAGGAUGGAGGCGGGAACCAGGCCGGAGCACUUGUCCUCAACCAAUAUCGGGUCCGAGGUGCGUGGUCUCAACUCGAACAGGACGGAGGCGAGGAGAGGCCGGAGUACCUAUGCAAGGACAAGGCUGGGAGGGCCCAUCCUCAACCAACAUGGGGUUCCGAGGUGCGGAAGUUCAAGCUGAAGAAGACACAGGUGUGGAAGUUCAAGCUGAAGAAUACAGAG